UCUGAUUGUUGGAAUAUAAUUGUGGCUCUACUGUUCUUCUAUUUUAAUUUCCUGAUGUCUAACAUAGCUUCAGAGUGGAAGUAAUUCUUCCUUAUUCAGGGGCUUCUGAAGAAAAUUGGCAUUGUUAAACUAACAUAAAAUUGCAUUGAGUAAUUUUAUUUUUGUUCUUAUUCCUUACUCACUGUGAUCAUUGGUUGAAUGAAUCUUGUUUUAUUUUUCUCAGGGUUUAUAGCACACCUGAUUCACAAGUGGCAGUAUUUGCAGAUAUUUCUCCUUUGCUAACCUCUUUGCUGGAUGGAUUCAAUGUGUGUAUUAUGGCUUAUGGGCAGACUGGCAGUGGGAAAACAUACACAAUGUUGGGCCCACAGCUUGAAAACAGUUUCUGUUUCUCAGUGGAAGAUGAGACAGAAUUAGGAAUCAUUCCUAGAGCCAGCAAAGAAGUAUUCAGGCUUCUUUCAGAAAAGUCACCAGGGAGCCAUUGGGUUGAGGUUUCUGUUGUAGAAGUGUAUAAUAAUGAAGUUUUUGAUCUUCUGGCCAAAGACAACUCUGGAAAGCUGAAUGGUAUCAAAAGGGGUAUAAUGACAAAUAAAGAAGGAAAGAAUGACAUUCCACUUCUUACCAAUGACUCCUCCCUGGACAGGUGACCAUUCUAGUCAAAAACUAGGUAAAGAACAUUUCUUCACUUCUGCUUGCUCUUCUAGAGCUUGUUCACCAGCACAGCUCUCCAGGGAAUCUUUGGAGAGACUGAAGCAAAUGAGAAGAACAAAACUUCAGCUGGUGGAUUUAGCUGGUAGUGAAAGUGUUGGUAAGUUAAUCUUUGGACCAAAACCAUCCUAUUCUUGUGA